AUGAAGCCACUACUACGAACAGUGGCGGCAAUAUGCCUCAUUCUUACCACACACGCUCUCCCAGAGAACAUCGAGGAUGUUAAGGAGCUACCGCAGAGUAAAGAGCCGGUGGUAGAGGCCGAAGAAUCAGCACCUCAAGCGAGAGCAGAGCGCUGCACCUCUUGUUCCUCCACUAUUAACCUGAGUUCUAAGUCGCCACAGGAUAUUAUUGCAGCGCUGCAAACGCUUCCUGGUGGCGCAGUACACACGCAGCAAUCUUUCGAGGGCUGCUCGAGUAGCAAGGGCUGCGCUGGCAUUAAAUACCAAGACGGUAAAGUCACUAAUAAGUUUGGAAACUUGAACGCGUUUGGUGGAGAAAAUGCUUUCAAAGCCGGUUCGUCUUUCGGUAGCAAUUUGCUCAACGGUCAAAUUUCCAACAAACCGUUCUGGUGGAUGGGCGACAACUCACCCUUCAAUAAUUUAAACUCCGGUAAUUUCGAAACUAAAACCUCGAGUUCAGGUUUUACCAGUAACAGCGGAGGUAAAGGACAAUCGACAUACGAAACUUCGUCAUCCUCUUUCCAGUCAAGUCAGGAAGGAGGAAUUGACGUUGCUAACAAUCCAUUCCUCAAUGGUAACAUUAACUUUGGACAAUCUGGUUUCGCGGCUGGUCAAGGCAGUGGGUUCGCCUCUGGCUCUCAAGGCGCUGGUAGCUCCUUCCAGAGCGGAUUCGGUACUGGACAAUCCACAUACUCCGGAAGUGGCAGUAACAAGUUCUCCGGAGCAGGCUACACCGGUUCUUCACCCAGGCCAUUCGCAACCAGCACUGGCUCCAAUGUGAACCUGAUACAGAACACACAGAAAGUGAACGAGUACGACUUUGAUCAGACACAACAGGCUGUGAACGGGGACAUAUUCAGCGAAACCUCGAACGUCAACAUCCAAGGACAGACCGACGGGGACCUGCAGCAGACUUGCACCGGUCAGGGCUACGUCUGCGUCCUCAAGUCUCAGUGCAUCAAUGGAAUUGUGAACACCAACGGCGCUGGUAUUCUCCAGACUAGAGACAAGAAGCAGUUCUGCAACACAAGGACUGAAACUUGCUGUAGAAUAGGUUCUUUUACUUCACAUUUUGGAAAUGGUUUCUCAACUGCCGACACCGUAAGCCAAGGUUCAGGACUCGUCUCUAACACCGCUUCUAGCUUUUCUUCCGGAUCAUAUGGAUCGUCCAGUAAUUCUCAAAAGGGAUCAUCCGGUUCUCAAAGCUCAUUUGGAUCACAGAACAGCUUCGGCACAAACGGAAACCAGGGAUCAUAUGGAAGUCAGAGCGGAUCGAAUGGUGCUUCAAGUGGAUUUGGAAGCCAGAGCUCAUCUUUCAACAGCCAAUCGAACUAUGACUCAAACCGAGGCUCCUUUGGUACUAACUACGGAUCAACUGUUCCUGCAGUAACAGCAGUCCCUGUUGGCUCAACAGGCGCUUUUGGAUCAGUAAGCUCAGCUGCAACAUCAGGAUUUUUAGGAUCAACCGGCUCAACUAUACAUCCAGAAAUCUAUAAGGCAACAGGACAAAGUAACUUCGUUGAGACGAACUCUUUCGCAUCCCAAUCUAAUAACCAAAACGUAUACAGACCCGGUACGGUUGGCAGUGGCCUAAAACCUGGUGUACCUUACCUACCACCUGUUGACAGCACUAACAGCGGCACUAACGUUGUUGGAUCUACCGUUUACCCUUCCACUUUCACUACACCUCGUCCAGUGACCCAGUUCACAACCGUCCGUCCACAAACGCCUGCGCGUCCUGUGUCUACUCCUCGUCCAUUCACCACUCCAAGACCGACUUACCUGCCUCCCGUAUCAUCAUCUACCGCCGCCCCUGGUUACUUGCCACCAGUCGGUGAACAGACCAUCAACCAGGAAACCUUCGUGCCCAACCCCAAUUAUAACGAAGGAGGAAUUAUUCUUGAUGAGACAAGACAGCCGUCUACUCCACGCCAGCCUACUAUAAACGAGAUUCCUUCUGGAUGCGCUGCGGCCUUAAAAUGCACCCCGAUUGAAUACUGCACAGCUGAUGGAGUAAUUUCCAACACCACCGUAAUUCUCACCAAGGAUCAAGAAGCUUACAGAGUUCCUCUUACUGACUGCAAAGACCUUGAAACGAACCGCGUUGGAAAAUGCUGCCGUGAUCCAAACUACAGCGAUCCAUGGCCGACUAACCAGCUUGGUAAAUGGGUGCCCGGUGUGUUCGGUGGCAACGAUGGCAAAUACGUUCCCGACAACCGUGGCAGCCCUAACAAUCCUAGACCACAGGUUACGCAAAAGCCCUUCGUCACUGGAAGCACUAUUCUAAAUAACUUUAGGAAUCCAAAACCGACUUCACCAACAUUUGGAGCGAACCAAGUGACACCAGGUUACCCAGAUCAAGGUGGGCAAACCUCAACGGGCAUUAAACAAGUGUCUCAGUACGGUCAAGGGCAAUACAGUAAGGGUGGUACUGGUCAAUUCGGUCAAGGUGGUGUUGGACAAGUAACUCAAACAGGCGUUGGACAAUACGGUCAGAAGGGUGUAGGUCAGGUUGUCCAAACCGGUGUUGGACAGUUUGGACAAGCCGGCUUCGGACAAAAAGGACAGGUUGGCUUUGGGCAAUUUGGUCAAGCCGGUGUUGGAAAGUUUGAACAAGGGGGAGUAGGACAAUACACCCAAAGUGGAUUCGGACAGUACUCUCAGGGAGGUCGAGGACAAGUCAUUAGUCAAGGUACAGGUCAAUUGACCGUCCAAGGUCAAGGUCAGAUUGGCGUCCAAGGACAAGGCGUUGGAAUCAGUCAAGGAGGGGGCGCGAUCGUUUCACAAGGACAAGGUCAAUUUGUAAAGCAGGGUGAAGGCCAAGGCACCAAAUUUGGCGUGGUCACCCAAGGGUUCGGGCAGCGCGUUGAAACCGGCGGUGGACAGUACACUGAACAGGGUGGAGGCCAGUACACUCAGCAGGGUGUGGGACAAGCGACAGUCCAGGGCGGCGGCGUAGGAAUUCGUCAGGGUGUGGGCCUCGCGGUCUCCCAGGGUGUGGGCUCCGGCGUGGAGAACGAGUACAGCGCGUCCACUCGCAGGGUUUACCUGCAGCGAUACGAUGGAACUGGCCAGUGUGGCAUUAAGCAUGGCCAAAGACCGUACGGCAACCGUGAGGACGACGUGGCCUUCGCCGAGAUCCCAUGGCAAGCUAUGGUACUUUUGCAGACCAACAAAAGCCUGCUCUGUGGUGGUGUGAUCACCAGGCCCGAUGUUGUCGUGACGUCGGCUGCUUGCGUCGACGGAUUGGAAGCCAAGAACGUUCUCAUCAAAGGCGGUGAAUGGAAGCUCGGAAUCGAAGACGAACCUCUGCCAUACCAGAUCGUCCAGGUCAAGACUAUUGUAGUCCACCCAGGAUAUCAGACAGGCAGCCUCCAAUACGAUGUCGCUAUUCUUUACCUCGCCGAGAACUUGAGAUUGGCUGACAACAUCCAACCCAUCUGCAUGCCAGAUGCCAAGGACACCCUGGAUGCGUUCUACAGCGGUGCUGGCCAGUGUAUAGUGACCGGUUGGGGCAAGCAGGUCUUGCAAGCUCAUCUCUCAGGCAGCCUUAUGCACAGCAUCAACGUGUCUCUAAUCGAGCCCACACAGUGCGAGGCCAAGAUCCAGCAGAACUACCCACACCUUCUGGACAACUACGACCAGGAGAGCUGCAUCUGUGGAGAGCCUUCUAACCCUCUUAACAACAUUUGCAGGGUGGACAUUGGAAGUGCUCUCGCUUGUACAACUGGUGAUGGUUACUUCGUCUUACAGGGAGUCUACUCUUGGGAUUCAGGUUGUCAGACCGGCAACCAGCUAGCCGCUUUCUACAAAUUCGACAUUGAGUGGUACGAAUGGGCCAUCGGUCUAACUGAGAGCGUUCGUUUCACUCAGUUUGUUCGUGGUACUAAGGUCACUCAGACUCGCUACACUGGACAAAUCACAUCUGGUACCAAAGGGACCACGUACACGAACGGAAUUAAGGGAACCAUUACUGGGGGAUUGAAUAAGUUCGGCGGACAAGGCCAGUUCACACAGUUUGGUGCAGGUGGACUAGGGCAGUUCACACAGUUCGGUGCUGGACAAGUGAGUCAAGGGCAAAGUGGAUCGAACCAAGCAUCUGGUAACCUAUAUGGACAGAGCCAGUACAGUUCAAGCAAUUACAGCCAAUUCAGUACAUCAAGCAACAAUCAAUACUCGGGAUCUCAGAAUCAAUUCGCCUCUGGAAACUUUGGUGGAAGCUCAUCGGACUAUAGUUCAGGCAGCUCAAACUUCGGCACUAACAACAAUGGACCAUCAUCAAACUCAUUUUCCUCCACUUACACCGAGAAGCAGUUCUUCCAAACCGAACCAAAAUAUUACACCUUCACCACCAAACCCGAAAUCGUAACUUACACAACCAAGCCAGAAAUCGUUACAUUCACAACGAAACCAGAAAUAUUCACUUUCACUACAAAGCCCAAAAUUAUCACGUACACAACCAAGCCAAAACUUAUAACCUAUACAACCAAGCCGAAAAUCGUAACCUACACGACUAAACCACAGUUCAUAACCUACGAAACGUCUGGAAGUGGCACUAACCCGCAAUAUGUCGCGCCGGGCGCUUCCUUCAAACCCACAUUUUCAGAAAUUGUCGGUACAGAACACAAGCACAAUGCCCAAUGCAAGUGCCUAGAAAAUGGCAAGAAGUAA